GUCGUCGUGAAAGGACCACAAUUCCACUUUGUCGAGCAACUGAGCCGGAAAAAAUCCUCUCAAAGACCACAAAAAAAGUUAAUAAAUUAAUUUGUGCCCGCAUCGCAUCGCUUGGUACUUCGGUCCACUACCAACAACCAAUUACCUGACUCUUCGUUUAGAAAUUAAGAAAACCUCUCUCGCCGUUUCUCGUGACAGCAAGAACAGCAAAAAAAAAGGAGCCGCAAAGAUGAAUCAAAUUGAAAUCACCCCGAAUUACACAUAUAUUUUCGAUUUUGAAAGUGACUUUAUUCACCAGGAAACGCGAAAAUGGAUGGUGCGAAACUGGACCUAUGUCUUCUACUACUGCGGCAUUUACAUGCUCGUAAUUUUCGGAGGACAGAACUUCAUGCAAAACAGACCGAGAUUUGAAUUGCGCGGCACUUUGGCGUUAUGGAACACGAUGCUUGCCAUGUUCUCCAUCAUGGGGGUUUGCAGGACAGCUCCCGAAUUGUUGCACGUUCUCCGACAUCACGGACUUUUCCACUCCGUUUGCGUUCCUAGUUUCAUCGAACAAGACCGUGUCAGUGGUUUCUGGACAUGGCUCUUUGUUCUCUCCAAGCUGCCGGAAUUGGGCGACACCGUGUUCAUUGUGCUGCGCAAACAACCGCUCAUCUUCUUGCACUGGUACCAUCACAUCACCGUCCUCAUCUACGCCUGGUUCUCGUACACGGAAUACACCGCCUCCGCCCGAUGGUUCAUCGUGAUGAAUUACUUCGUGCACAGCAUCAUGUACUCGUACUACGCCCUCAAGGCGCUCCGUUUCAAUCCGCCACGCAGCAUCAGCAUGAUUAUCACGGGCCUGCAAUUGACACAAAUGAUCAUCGGAUGUGCCAUCAACGUUUGGGCACACAGCUACUUAAAGACCGCCGGCCAUUCCGCAUGCAACAUCAGCGACUUGAACGUCAAAUUGUCGAUUGCCAUGUAUUUCAGUUACUUUGUGCUCUUUGCGCGCUUCUUCUACAAGGCUUACUUGUCGAACGACGCCAAAUUCGGCAAGAAAAAGAAAAUUUCCGCGCAAUCUGCAUCACAAUCGUCCUCGGACAAACUCAAGGCUCAAUAAAUUCGACAAUUUUUGGACACGAACUUCUUCUACCGCUUCUUCUAUGCAUUAUUUAUUGAACUGUCAACCACUUUUUUUCUACACAAACACAAAAAAUCAGACGGAAGUUCAUGCAAAUAGAGUUAGAAGCUCUCUAAAUCUUCUUAAGUAUAAUUUUUAUACCAUUCCUUCGAUCGUACUCAACCGUACUACUUGAAACUUUCUUUAUUAAGUUAUAUUAUAUAAAAAAUAAUUAUAUAGACAAAUAAAUAAUAAACAAAGAAGAAAAUAAAUAAACAAACACUGCUCUUUAUAGGAACACAAAAAAAAAGUUUUUUAUAGAAAAAUUAAGAAAAUUGUUUCGGAGUGAAAAUUAAUAUGAAAAAAUUACAAAAAACGUCUUAGGUCGUCUUAGACGAAUAAAAAACAAUUAAAAAGUAGGUUUCCUAACAAAAAAAAAAAACAUAAAAAUCAACAAAUUGUAAAAAAAUAGCAUUUAAUCCACCAAGAAAAUAUUGAAUCCUGAGUUGAAAUUUAGCUUUAGAUGUUUGUUAACCGUCUAUAAGUAGAUAAAAAAUUAUAACAAAUUCAACAACAACCGAAGCUGAGCUCAUUUCAUAAUGCGCCUUGUCACUGUUUUAGUCCAUUAAGGUAUAAAUUGAUGAUGAAAAGUGAUAGACAGCAAAAAAAGUAUAUUUUUAUGAUUAAAAAAAUUGUAAAUUAUAACAAAAAAAAAGUAAUUAAUUAAUUAUUGUGAAAUAGAGUUCCAACACUGGUGAUUGAUAUUAUUACAUAAAAAAAGUACCAACAAAAAUUAAAUAAAUAAACGAAAUAAACAUUACCUAAUAAAAUAAAUAAAAUAAAAUAAAAUCAAUUUAAUCAAGAAAAUAGGUACAAGGGUAAAGAACAAGCCAAAUAUCGCGUUAUUUAGGAUUACAUAAAAAAUACAUUACAUUUCUUAAAAUAAAGUGAAUAAAUAAAUAAAUAAAAA